AUGUCGCCUCGUCAGCUCGCCGCGUUGACCGCCGUAUGCGACACGCUCGUAUCCUCCAUGCCGGUUCCGACGGACUCCGACGACCCGUACUUUCAGCUCGUCGGGAAGCGAAAGGAAGGCUCGCAGUCGGAUAACCGAUGGAGCGAGUUUUACGGCAAGCCGCGGAAGGAGGCCAUUGCGGCGUAUUUCGCGGAAUCCGCGUCUAGCCUCGGCAUCGUCGACAAGGUUCGUCGUCGCGUUGGUGGCCGUGACAAUGCAGCAGUGCGUGAAGCCAUUGCCUCUGGUCGUCUUUGCCACGCUGCUGUGGCUCCUCUCUACUCGCCUCGGCACGCUCCUGCUGGCUGGCCGCAGGGCAUUCACCCGGCGACCGCCAUUCGUGCAGCCCUUCGCGAAGCUGUCGCCCCAGGCUCGCGAGGCCGUGCUGCUGCAGUGGUCUGUCAGCAGCAACUUCCUGCUGCGGACUGUGUUCAAGGUGGGGAUCAGGGGAGGGGGAUAAGGACAUUCCGCAGCUUCACACUCUUCCACGUGGGUGCACAGCAUGACGGCUCUGGCGACAACAUGCAGUGGCGAGCCAUGGGGUACUGUGGACCGGAUCCCAGCAUGCUGGCUGCUGGGAAGCAACGCAAAUACACCAGCAGCAGCAGCCGAGACAGCUCAGCUGCUUGUGAUCCUGACGUGGCACAGCGGCCAGCUCAGCAUGCUGACGUGGCACAGCGUCCAGCUCAGGGAUCCGACAAUAGCGAGGGAGAAGCUGAGCGUGAACAGGGAACGAUCAGAGGGGGCAGUUGUGAUGAUGGGUGUGAGGAGAAGGGAGGCGAGACGAGGCCACUGGAUGCAGCAGUGGUGGACUGUGCAGCAGAGUGCGAGGGGCUGGCAGCAGUGCUGCAAGGCAAGGGCGUGGAGGUUCUGGCAGGGCCCAGGCAGACGAUAGGGCUGCUGGGCAGAAGAGAUAAAGGGGAAGGCGAGCCUGUGGUGGUGCGGUGCGAUGCGGUGGUGAUCGGUUCUGGCUGUGGAGGAGCGAUCAUUGCGGCCCAGCUCGCAGAAGCAGCAACAGUGGCUGGUGGGGACAGCAGCAGGCGGAGGAAGGUGUUGGUGCUGGAAGCAGGGGGGUACUUCUUCCGCUCCGACUUGUCUCUUCUCGAAGGCCCCUCCGCUCAAAUGUACGACACGCAGGGAUUUCUGACCACGGAGGAUGGCGGGGUAGCGCUGCUGGCAGGGAGAACAGUGGGAGGCGGCAGCGCUGUCAACUGGUCUGCAUCCUUCCGCACCCCGCCCCAUGUCACCAAGGAGUGGGCCAACGAGUAUGGGCUUAAACAAUUUGAGACGCCAGAGUAUUCAGCAGCCAUGGAUGCCGUGUGUGAGAAACUCAAGGUGACAGCAGACGAGUCCCUCACCCCACACAGCCUGAGCAACGCGGCACUCAAGGCGGGGUGCGCGGCUCUGGGCUGCCACCAUGCCAUCACCCCCCGCAACACCAACCAGCCUCACUCCUGCGCCUGGUGCACCUUUGGCUGCUGGUCAGGCGAGAAGCAAUCGAUGCUGGAAACCUGGUUACCAGACGCCGUUACACAUGGCGCCCUCAUCCUCUCCCACUGCGCCGCCCUCCGCCUCCUCCUCUCGCCCAACCGCCCUGCCAGCACGACCCCUGGUGCCACAAGCAGCAGCGCGGGUGCUGGCGUGAGACGGAGGAAGCGGGUGGUGGGGGUGGAGGCGAGGGUAGAGCAGCAGGGCGUGCGGCAGAGAGUCGUGGUGGAGGCCAACUUGGUUGUUGUGGCGUGUGGCAGCCUCCACACGCCUCCUCUGCUGCUCGCCAGCAGUCUGAAAAACCCCGCCAUAGGAGCCUCACUGCGCUUGCACCCCGUCACCUCCGCCUGGGGCUUCUUCCCUGAGACCGCUCCCUCCCUGCCGCCCUCCCUGCCCGCUGGCCCGGGGUACCUGGGGCCGAUCAUGAGCGUCAACUCGAGAGAGACGGCUAACUGGGAGACAAGUGGAUAUGGUGCUAUGAUCCAGACCCCCACCAUGCACCCGGGUCUGCUGGGCUGCGCCAUACCCUGGCUGGGCAGUCAGGCCAUCAAGCAGUCUGCAGUGCGCUUCGACCGCAUUGCCUCGCUCAUCGCCAUUGUCAGGGACCGCGGGCAUGGCACUGUGCGCGUGGAUGGCAGCGGCCGGCCUGUAGUGAUGUACCGGCUGUGCAAGGAGGACCAAAAGAGCAUGCAGGAGGCCCUGCUGCUGUCGCUGCGCAUCCUCAGAGCAGCAGGAGCAGUGGAGGUGGGAACGCUUCACCAGUCACUCAAGCCCUUCCGCUGCCUCAUCCCACCACCCGUCGAUGCCGAUUCAACUGAUGCAGCAGCAGAUGCAGCCAGUGUCAGGUUGGGUGGCACUGGUGGUCCAGUGGGGAGGAUGGAUGGAUGGCAACGCACGUCCGAUGCAGAGUUUGAGUCGUAUUUGAAAUCUGUGGCUGCGGCGGGCUUUAAGCCGAAUGACUGCACACUGUUCUCUGCGCACCAGACUGUCUUGGCUGCACACGAUGCUCUCUCGGUUAACCACGCGCGCCGGCCGCAUGAUUUGGCGACAUGUGCGGCGGAGUGCACGGCGAGCGAUGCGGACAGCAGGAUUGACGACUCGGAGUCGCCAUCGGGAGAUGCGGCCGUCGUAAGCUGCUUCACGCCGCGUGCGUCCCGCGCCUCGACCCGCCAACGCGUUGCGGUCGCAACGACAGGCGGCGGAUCCGGCUUGGAGCGCGCGGCGUCAAUGCCCCCCAUACACCAAUCGCUGCGCGCCGCGCUGAUGAUGCCGACAACGCCGCGAAAACCUACUACUACUGUUGCCGCCAGCGGCUCUGCCGCGUUGCCACCAUCGCCUGGCGCCGCCGCGACAACAACCGUGCGUCCCCUUGGGCGGACUACCAGCGGAACGAUGCCGCCCACUGCGCCAACCUUCCCCAACUCCGUCUCGCUGCGCGCGCCGUCCUCCGCCGCUUCCGCCCUCAUCUCCCCGCGCGCGCCACCGGCCUCCGCGUCCGCCCUCAUAUCCCCGCGCGCACCCCCUGCCUCCGCUUCGUCGCUCAUCUCCCCCCGCGCGAUUCUCUCCAGCGGGUCGCGGAAGCUUGCGCGCGCCUUGACCGCUCUCCCCCGCCCGCGUAGGUCGGGGACUUCAGCAGCCCGCGAGCGCGACGGGACAGAAAGGAGCCUCGUCCCGCGAGACGUCAGCAAUCACGGCGCGUCAGGCCCGUGGUCACUGAUGGACCUCAUCUCGCCAAAAGGCCGAGGCGCGAGCGCGUCGCGUGCCGCACAGCAGCUUGGUGAUAAUAUGAUUCCCGCAGAAGAUAUGUACUCCUGGGAAAACGCGAUUCGGGACCUCAAAAUCUCCCGUGGUGAGCGUGACGAGGAGGGGGAGGCGGAGAGUAACGAAAGGCAGCGAAACGGGAGUGUUCGUUAUGGCAGUGGGCGAAAUGAGGCGAGGCAGACGAACUGGUCGGGAGGGCUGACAACCAGAAGCCUCCCGCUUCUGUCGCCCGUGGAGACCGCAGCUGAGACCGGCGAGGGCGCGCAGCAGCAAGGGCGGAAGGCUGCAGAUUCAGUGCAGUCAACGCAGUCAACGGGGUCAACGGGGCUAGCGGCGGGGUUGGUGGCAGGCGUGGUGUCGCGAACCAACAUGACGAUCCUCCUCAACGGCGUGCCGGUGGUGCCCAACAUGGUCGUCGCAAAGGACGGAUCCGGCGACUUCACCACUAUCCAGGAGGCGAUAUACUACGUGCCGCCAGCGUACUUGCCGAACCAAGGGACGAAGAUCUUCGUGAAGGCCGGGUGGUACAACGAGACGAUCAUCAUCCGACCGUACAUGCGCUACCUGGCGCUGAUCGGCGAUCCCGAGAACGGCGGCAGCACGUUGUCGUGCAACCGCUACAGCGGCAUGCUCAACGAUAACGGCGACAUGCUCUCCACGUUGAACACGGGCUGUUUUGUCGUAUUCGCGGACGAUUUCACGGCUGUGAACGUCAACUUUGAGAACGCGUCGCCGCGGCCGCCGCCCAACAGCUACAUCUACCAAGCGGUGGCCGUCAGAGUGACAGCCAACCGCACCGCGUUCUACAACUGCUCCAUCAAAUCGUUCCAGGACACGCUGUACGCGCACAAGGGGUGGCAGUACUACAAAGACUGCUACAUCUUCGGGACGGUGGAUUUUAUUUUCGGGCAGGCGAAGGCGCGGUUCGAGUCGUGCGUGCUGCAGAUGUCGAGCUACGGGUUCGCGUCGGUGACGGCGCAGAAGCGCGACAUUAAGGACGACGAUAACUGCUUCGUCAUGGUGCAGAGCCGCAUCAUCGGGCAACAACCCAUCAUCGCGCAGGGGUGGCUGGGGCGGUCAUGGGGUCAGUACGCGUGCACCAUCUUCGCACACUCGUACAUGGACGAAAUCAUCAACGCUGAUGCAUGGAACAAUUUCUACGUGCGGUCACGGGAGUGGACGACAUUCUACGCGGAGUACAACAACACGGGCAUCGGGGCCAACCUGGACGGGCGCGUGCUGUGGCUCAAGACCAUGACUCCAGCCAGCCGCAGAUACUUCCUCAACAAGGCCUGGAUCGGCCUCGACUCGUGGUUCCACCCCUUCCCUCAAAUGAUGUGA